CCGAAAUCAGACUGCCCUUUAAUUCUGGCAAUUGGGAGUCACUUUCUCCAAUGCUGGUGGGACUCCUUUGUCUGCAACUUAUCACCUGUCCAUUUCAGCCCUUCUGUUGUUUAGGGCAGUCAUGUGAGAGCCUGAUAAGAUAAUGAUCAUCUUCUUUUGGGAUUGGAUUUAUUAUGGGCUCUUUGCCCAUUUCCUGUCCGGCUUAUCAACUCGGGUUUCUAUCUUACCGCAUCGUCGUGAUUAAAUGGCAUGGCUGCCAACGAAAACAAACUCCUAUCAUCCCUUGAAGCAAAAGAAUCUACUCACCAAAAGGCCAUAACUAUACCAUCUUUUUCCUUUUUCCUGAACGAUUCCUGAGAGCUCCUCCUCACCAAAACCAUAAGCCUCCCCUCAUUCCCUCCCUGUUCUAUAACUCGGAGCAAUACACCAGCAAUCUAGAGUCUGAGGGACACGCACCGCAGAGAAAAUCUCGGUGUCAGCUUUCCUGCCAAUCAUUCAUGGGAUGCUCUGUCUCGAAAUCGUGCACCCAAAUUGGUAGAAACCCGAAAGCCAUUACUGCUUCCUCCACGUCCUCUGUUGAUCCUGCACUUUGUUCGGUUUCUUCACCGACUGUUCUGUCUCUCCCGUCGCAUUUAGUCCACCAUCCACCCCUCAAGAAGGGAGAUACCUACCAUUUGGUGUCUCUCACUUCCAGCACCUAUGGAUCUUUGCUCCUCAUUGACCCAAAAAAUCCCGACUUCACUUCUCGUAUUGUUUCCGCUACUGAUCGUCGGCAGAAACUUUCACCGAUGACUUACCCCGCCAAGAAAGUGAAGGAGAAUCCGUCCGAAACAGUCUCAAAAGAUGAUCCAUUGUCCCCUGAUUCGGUCAUCAAUGCUUGGGAGCUGAUGGAUGGGCUGGAUGACCCCGACUUUGAUCCCAGCAAAUUGAACAAAUCUGGUUCUCCAGUCAAGGAUGCUGAGGCCGCAACAAAACCCAGCUCAUUCGUUCCCAAAGAUGAUCCAAAUGCGUUGCAUUAUUAUGAGCCAAGUAAGAAGUAUGUCUCUUUAUCAAAUGGUUCUGAUGAUGACCGAGUCAUACUUUACUUCACAAGCCUGAGAGGGAUAAGGAAGACUUUCGAGGACUGUCGCUUUGUGCGGAUGACCCUUCGUGGGUUCCAGGUGCCCGUGGAUGAAAGAGACAUCUCAAUGGACUCGUCCUACAAGAAGGAGCUGCAGAAUCUACUUAAGGGGAAGCCACUGACUCUGCCUCAGGUCUUCAUUAGGGGGAACCACGUUGGAGGUGCAGAGAAGAUCAAGCAACUGAACGAAGCAGGAGAAUUAGGAAAGCUCUUGGAGGGAUUUCCAAUCCAGGAUCACAAGUUAAUCUGCGUGAAUUGUGGGGAUGCUCGGUUUGUACCUUGCCUGAGCUGCAGUGGCAGCAGGAAAGUCUUCGAUGAGAAGGAAGGCAAGCUAAGGAGGUGUUCGGAUUGCAAUGAGAACGGGCUAAAGAGGUGCCCUUGCUGUUGCUGCUCCUGAAACUUCCGCCAAUCUUCAUGGUUACUAUACCUUGUACGAGAAAUUCUUAUGUCCGGCAUUGUGUAGAUUCUAAUUCUAAGUUCAUUUCCUCUGUGAAGAGCAUGUAAUAAAAUUGAGAUUCUCUGUCAGCCUUCUAAGUUCCAUAGAAAGUUCAGCAUCACGAAUGCAGAUAACCGGAAUUCCUGAGA